CUCUCGGUGAGAGCGUUUUAACGUUCACGUUGCUCGCAGCUGAGAAGAGAUAGGGCUCAUAACGAACGGUGUGCGUAAAAAGGAAAAAAAUAAAACAAAGGAGAAAGAAAAGCAACGUCGUUUUCGGGAUGUGUUGUGUAGUUGAAUAAGAAGAAAAUGUAGAAACGAAAUAGAAAUUGAGUGAACGUAUACAUGUGACCAGGUACGGUGCGAUUACGUGCUAAUUGAUUUGGAAGUGCGAGAGCGAAAAGUACGGUGUUACGGCGCAAAAACGUUUGAAAUAUGGUGAAUAUGGAGGGUUCGGGGGAGCAGCAUACCGUGACAGCUUCGCCGCCGCCACGGGCUGCCCUGAAGAGCAACUUUAGCAUCCGCAGUAUCUUGCCUGAAGCAUGUGCCGGGACUCCCGCGCCGUCGGUCAGUCAGUCGGAUUUGUCCGACAUAGGUCCCGCCGACGACAGCGAUGAUUGCAGUGAUCUCGAUGUUACCGGUGGUGGUGCGGAAACGCCGCCCUUGGACUGUUCCACGAGCGCAACGUCCGUCAGUCCGAUGAGCCAAAAGGAUUCGAAAGAACAGACGGAGGAUAAAAAGAAGGCGGAGAAACCGCCAUACAGCUAUAAUGCGCUAAUCAUGAUGGCUAUCCGACAAAGUCCCGAAAAGCGACUCACCUUGAACGGCAUUUAUGAGUACAUAAUGCGCCACUUUCCAUACUACGAAAAUAAUAAGCAAGGUUGGCAGAACUCCAUUCGGCACAAUCUGUCUCUGAACAAGUGUUUCGUCAAGGUACCUCGCCACUAUGACGAUCCGGGAAAAGGCAACUACUGGAUGCUGGACCCAAGCUCCGAGGACGUGUUCAUCGGAGGUGCCACGGGAAAACUUCGGCGUAGAACUACGGCGGCUUCCAGAUCCCGACUGGCGGCCUUUAAGAGAAGCGUGGUACUCGGCGGUCUUUAUCCGUCACCUUACGCACCACCGGGAUGGCCGACGUCGCUCUACGCUCUACCUUCGUCACUUUGUCUUCAUCGCGCCGUUGCGUAUCCUCCAGUGACCGCCGGCUCUUAUACCACCCCCGCCGGGUAUCCGGCCAGUUUGCUGCCAGGCGCGGCGACCACAUCAUCGGCUACAAGCUUGCCUUGCAAACCGCAACCUCUCCCAGCAACGGCGGCACCUUCGACUCAUGGAGCGUUCUCCGUGGAAAGGUUACUGCAAGCACCUACUGGGUAUCCUGGCGGCAUCAGCAUUCCGACGUCUGGAAUCUCGCCUACGGGAAAUCCUUACCAGGAUUUCUAUAGUACCCUACGAUCUAUUACGAUACCACCGAUACCAGCAUCAAUAUUCCAUCAACAAUCCAGAUAUCAUCUCGGUCAAACACCUCAAGUUCUAAGUCAACCUCCCUCUAGUACGGCUUCGCCUGGAAGUAGUCCGGAACCAAUGGAUCCGCAUUCGCCACCAGUUACCGUUUGCAAUUCUGUCCAGCCGUCGAGACCGCUUCCUCACAGUCCGCCGCAACUCCUUCUAAAGCCCAUCACGGUUCUCACUGGCCGACAAAGCUGAAUUGCGAUCUAAUCGUAAUCUUCAAAAACGCCCGUCUCCAAGAAGUACAGCACGAUCUCACCCCCUGCAUGUAAAAAUUCUGUCAUUUCGUCAAAUCUUAUAGAUAUAAAUGUAGUCAUUGAAACUCUUGAUGAAUUUAGCUGGACUAAAUUUCCUCUCAAGUUUAUAAAUUUGUUUUUUUGUAUCAUUAACAGCGUG